GACCAUAAGCCAACGUCUCUUGUCAUCUCUACGACUCUAUCCUCCUCGCCAGUCCUGCACCUUCUACCCUCCACAUCUGAUUGUUCACCCUGUCGCCAUGAAGCCAGGCAGAAUGUUCCGACACAACUUCCUUCGACACAGACGAGAGGCACAACCUGAUGAUAUUAGCGACUUACCGUCGAGCAUUGGAAUCCCUACUGCAAGCUCAAUCGGUGCGACAAUCGCUACAGCAACAGCAGAUUCUACCGCUUCACUGGCCACGGCCACAGCGCCAUCAGGCUUCACCACAAUCACAGAGACCGAUACACUAGCUCAGUCCAUAACAGGCGAGAACACUAUCUCGACGACGGUCACCACGAAGACCAGAACCAUUACUGAUUCGUCCGGAUAUGCCUCCAUCACAUCAGCAGCAGCCGCUUCAUCGUCCACUACUGUGCACCCUACCACAUCUACCACCUCCUCGGCCACUGCAACCAGCACAGCAGCUGCUGCGAAAGCCUCCUCGAACCUCAAUACACUCAUUCCAGCCAUUGUAGUACCGAUAGUGGGCGUGCUGGUGGCCUCCCUCGCCCUAUUUUGGUUCAUCAUGCGGCGGAGAGCCAAGAAAGAAUUGCAGAGUCAGCCCGAGUUUGUUAUGGCUGGGAAAGGAGAAAAACUGAGUAGUCGUUCCAACAGCGGCAGAUCCACGACUUCAGACGAAUGGCACCAUGAGAGAAAGUCCCCAAAUGUCAAAGAGAGCGCACUAUCAUCCAACCAGUCGCCCUCCGUCACUAAUACCGAGUGGCCACCCUCACAGGUUGGGAUCGCUUCACCUGUGCUCGCCCAAGAGAAGGCGCCUGCAGUAUCGAGUCCGCAUUCAAGACUCGUGUCACCCUCACAGGGUCGUCCUUACAUAAAUUUCAACAGCCCUCAGCCGAGACCUAUCACGUCUGGACGUAUGGGACCGACAAGAGAUCCGGCACAAAACCCUGACCGAAGUCACUAUAACGCCGACCAAAAAGGUCUACCACCACCACCAUCACGAUCCGGUCGUGGGCCUGCCACAAGAACAGCUCACAGUCCCAUAUCUCGGAGCGGUCCAAGCCCUAUACCACUACGACCUAGCCCUAGCAAACCACCCGAACGUAGGCCAAGCGACUCAAGGCCAGGUGCAGAGCCUGCUUUCCGUUUUCGCGGCCCUUCCCCCAGUAUGAAUCACAAUGCACGUGCUCAAGCUCCGCCACGUUUAGGGCCUGCGCCAGGUGCCUACAAUGGCGCAUCAUCAAUAUCUCAAUACUCACCGAUUGUCAAGGCGACUACAACUCUCCACAAAGGACCUGGGCCUUACAAACGAGUGAUACCACCACCUCUCCAGACCUCGAAUAACUCAAACGCACAAAGAAUGAAAUCACCGAAAUCUGCCAGUCCUGCGAGCACCCCUCUGACGGAGGAAAACCUUCGCAUUGCACGCUUGGGAAGUUCUUCUCGUCUUGGGCGUACAGCUCCGGAGCCGAGCCCCUCCAGCACCUCCCCGAAACUACCUCCUCCUGCGACACGUUCACAACUAAUACCACGAGAAAGUCCAGGUGGGAUACCGGACAACUUUUACCCGGGCGGCUUCCUAAGUCAUAGUCGAGAAGUCUCCAAAACUCGACAUGCCGAAAACCGAGCCAGUAUGGUUUCUGACCCUGACGAGUACGAAGACAUUGCGGCCAAGUCGGACGUCAGUAGUCUGAACGAGUUUGAGCGAUUCGACUUUGGACCAGAAGCCGGCAACCGAGGAGGCAGUGGUGCUCCCGCAUCGAUAAAUUACUUUGCGGCUCACAACAAUCCUGCCGGUAGUGGAGGGAGUCCCUUCGGUAAUGGUACGACUUACGAACGGUGGUGAACGAGGACUUGACCUCGAAGCACCCACCUUGUCGAUGCUGGCUGUGCCUCAUCGAUCGGUGCAAUUAACACCAACUAUUGCAUGAUGUUUUACGCUCGUUCGUUAUGUUUUCCUUAUUGUGUUUGGCGAUGCAAGCUAGCAUUGAAGGCGAUCUAUUGGUGCUUGUUUUCUAAUGAUACCCCCAUCUCAAGCCAAGCCUAUUGACCGCUGGCAAGCAAGCGAAAAAUCUGGUGUACUCUUAUGAAAGUGAGAAAGCGAAGCCAAGAGAAGGAUGAAUGUAAUGUCGGACGCCGUGAAGUACACAUGGCAUGUACCAACUCUAUAGGUGUAGCAUAGUGAGAUAGCUACCACUCGCUGGUACAGUGAAAGGAACACCUCAAGAUACUGGCUAAUUGAGUACCCUCAGCCUUCUCUACUCGGUGUGUCCCGU